AUCACACCAGGCUGUUAUCUCAGCCAUGUUGCAUAAUCCUGGGAAAACAGCAGCCUGUGUUAUUGUGGGGGGGUGUGGCUCUGAGCUUUAAAUAUCUGCUGCUUAUGAAGACAUGAGAAAGAGGAUUUCCCACCUGAAGCCUCCUUUCAGUCAUGGCCUCCAGCCUCAGUGUCUCGUUCCUGGUCUUGUGUGCCCUCAACUUGGCUCAGGCCCAGCUCAGGGUCUUCGAUCUUCGGGCCAGCGACCUUCCUUACGACAUUUUUGGAAUCACAGACGCUUAUGUCAAGGUGUACGUUGGCACGGCCAGCCUGGGGAAGACCGCUACUCGUGCAAACACCAUCCACCCCUGGUGGGAUGAGGAGUUUACCUACUUCCAUGCUCAGGAGAACGACAUCCUGAGGCUUGACGUCCACGACGCCGACUUACUCUUUCAUGAUGUGGUGGGGAGCUGCGAGCGUCAGCUCAAACCUGGGACCUAUCAUUAUGACUGCUUUCUAGAAGAAGGAGGCACCCUUCACUACUCCUACACCCUCGACCAGUAGGCCGACAUCACGAUAUAACAUGGUCAACAUCCAUUACUCCCACUCUUUACAUUCAUCAAUGAUGUGGUUUUAGGUUCAUAGAUAUUAAAAAGAAAUAAACUCCCUAACAAGAAAAUCUA